CAUUUCAUAUUUGCUCGGACAACAAUAACGAACGGAACAAUCACUGCAAUUCUGUUUAUGAUACCGGGAGCGAAGUUGUUACAGCUGAUAGUCAGCUUGUUUACAUUUCAUUAUAUAUUUGUAAGGUUAUUUGGCGACCGAAGUUCAGUUUUCAAUCUGUUGUUGCAGUUACAGCCAGAGCCUUUGCUUCCGAGCGUCGUUGAUUAUGGUUUAGACGGAGCCCUUUUCUCUGAGACAGCAGGAGAGAGCGCGGGGCAGCCAUGCUGACGUUGGCCAGUAAGCUGAAGAGGGAGGAGGGGGUGAAGACUGGCCGUCCCCCUGGGGGCCCCUCCGACUCCUCUCACAGGGUCUCUAUCAGGGACCGACUACUCAUCAAAGAAGUUGCAGAACUUGAAGCCAACCUCCCUAGUACGUGUAAAGCCAGCUUCCCUGAUGAGAACAAGCUACACCACUUUCAGCUGGCUGUCUCUCCAGAUGAAGGCUAUUACCAGAGUGGAACGUUCCAUUUUGAAAUAGACGUCCCUGAAGCCUACAACAUGGUGGUACGCCAGUUGAGAACAAGUUCUCAUUUACACCUGCAACCUAUCUUUCCGAUGUUUCUACAACUUGAUUGGAGGCCACCUUUGCCUCCCAAAGUGAAAUGCCAGACCAGAAUAUGGCACCCCAACAUUGCUGAGACGGGGGAGAUCUGUUUGAGUUUGUUGCGGGAGCACUCUAUCGACGGCACGGGCUGGGCCCCUACCAGAACGUUAAAGGAUGUAGUCUGGGGAUUGAACUCCUUGUUUACCGAUCUACUUAACUUUGAUGACCCGUUGAACAUUGACGCGGCCGAGCAUCAUCUGCGUGAUAAGGAGGAUUUCCGGAAUAAUGUUCAGGAUUACAUCAAGCACUACGCCAGGUGAUGACUGCAUCAGCUGCACCAGCUGCCUGCCCCUCCCCCGUCUGUGACUGCGCAGCUGAACCCCGUCCCUAAUGUCUCAUCAACCAACUAACCGCUGCGCACCGCUGACACGCCCCCGACUGCAAUAAGACGUCGCUGGAAGAAGGAAAGAUUAAACACGUUUUUUUUAAGUUUGAGGAGGGACUUGUUUAUUGGACCAGAGUAAUCAUCCGUCACAACAGGGAUCGUCCAAUGACUGGGCUUCUCGUUGUGUCUGAGCCAAUCAGAGUGGGCGCCGGUGGCAGUGAGGACCCGGGAUUUAAUCAAUCCAGUUAUCUGUUAUUUAAGAAUCGGCGAAUCAAAGAGAAAGAUGAUCUGUUAGUUUUUCUCAGUUCUAGUGCCUGCCAUGUUUGUGUUGCAAAGAAAAUGCACGCGAACUCGCACACACACACAGAAUCCCUUCAUGCACAUUGAGAAACGAACAUACUCAACUAGCUUCUCACAACACACAGCACUUGGCUGUGCAUGCAAACACACAGCACUUGGCUGUGCAUGCAAACACACAGCUGGAAAAAGGACAUAUUUGAUAUGUCACUCGUUCCUGCCCACCCCCAACUCACCAGACAGCAUGUGAAUGACAAGUGCCACCAACCCAGUCCCCAUUCCAGUCAGUCCCCAUAUUGUCCAUUUCACUCUGGAUAUGUCUGAAAAGGCACCCGAAUAAUCCCAAUAAUCCCAACCCUAUAGGCUCUGGUCAAAAGUAGUGAGUGCAUUAUAUAGGGCAGGGUUAUUCAACUCUGACCCCACGUGGGCCGAAGCCUGCUGUUUUUCAUCCCUCUAUCCUGCUGCUUUUCCCUCCACACCUCUUAGGCCCCACACACCUCAUGUGUUCUCCUCUGCCCCCAAGGUAGGGGAAUACCAGGGCGCUCUCCCUCUCCAAGGUUGUGUAUGAGUCCUCUGAUUAGUUGUCUAAAGGGAGGGCCUGUGGUCUCGCUCUCUUCUAUGUCCUUGUGUGUCUGUCUGUCCCUCCCAGUGUGUGUGUGUGUGUGUGUGUGGUGUGUGUGUGUGUGUGUGUGUGUGUGUGUGUGUGUGUGUGUGUGUGUGUGUGUGUGUGUGUGUGUGUGUGUGUGUGUGUGUGUGUGUGUGCAUCACUGUAUUAAACAUUGUAUUUACGUUUCCAUGAGGCAAAGUGUAUGUGAUCAGGAGGUGGUGUAUUUUAGUGUGUGUGAGCUCGUGUGCGCGUGCUUUCAAAUGAACAAGUUCAGAUUUGACUUGUUAGCAUGCUCUGGUUCCUAGCCCCACACUCCUUGUUUUACUGGCCCAGCUAGCCUAGUUUCCUGUGAGGCUCAGGAGGGUCUGUCCCUCAGUUGAAAUCCUCCUUUGCUUUCAGAUUGUAUAUCGUUUUUUAAAGAUAUAUUAAAGAGGAUGUAAUAAGGAAAA